AUACAAUUUUAAUUUCCAGAAGAUGAUUUUCAAACACGCCAGGUACUUAAAAAUCUCAUUUUGAUACUUGAAAAUAAUGCGUCGCAGGUGAAUAUUCGAAGAAAUUUAUAAUGCACGAAUUUUUCACAUACGUAGCAUAUAUUACAUACAAAACAGCAAAAUGAUUAAUAUGAUUAUGGAAUUACGAAUUGGACAAAUCACAUACGCGACAUUCGUGGAACAUCGCGUGUUACGCAGUGUUGCGCGUAAUAUAUGAUAGUGAUCAAAGAGCUGCCGUGUGGCCGUCAGUGUUUCUUUACAUUUCUACCGCUUCUAUGAUGACUAUACCGGAUCACAUUCGGAUCGCGUGGCGUCAGUUGCGUCAGUCGAGUCCAGUCGAAUCUCGAGUAGUCUCGAGCCUCGAGCCUCGAGCCUCGAGCCGCGGUAAAUCGGGCAACUCGAUGCACAAAUUCUUUUAUUUUUAUUUCGUAAAUCAAAGUUUUUGAAAGAAAGUAUCAUUGGAUAUCUUUGAAAAAAAUUACCUAUUUAAAGAGUGAACCAUACACACACACAUGCGCGCGCGCGCACACACGCACACACGCAUCAAGUCAAAUCAACUAUGUGUGUAUGCAACGUUAUAAAUCGUCGUGUAUUCAAGAUGGACUUCAACUUGUCUUUCUCGAUUCUCAUCGUCCUUUUGUUCAGGUUCUUUACGCACAGCUUACCACUGCAAGAGGAACUUUACGAAGGUAGUCACUGCAAGAUGGAGAAUGGUGAGACAGGCGUGUGCAAAAAGCUAUACGAAUGUCCAUCCAGAUUGCAAGAGGUGAAGGAAGGUAGAAGAAGCUCGGAUUCAAUGGGACGUUGCGGUUUUGAGGACUUUACGGAAAUCGUUUGCUGUCAAUUCAAUAUUACGGAUAAAAUAGGACUUCGACCAGCAGAGAUAGCAUGUCGACAAUACGAGAAUGAGAUCGGGAGCAGCGUUAAGGCGAGGAGGGACACGCUUACGGUCGAGGUGCAGUUUAAUAUAUACGGUGGUACGCAAACCGAAAACGGGGAAUUCCCAUACAUGGUCGCCCUGGGGUACGAGAACGAAGAAAGGGACGAGGACAAUUCGGAAGCUAUCAAGUAUAACUGCGGUGGCACGUUAAUUUCCUCACAAUACGUGCUGACUGCUGCUCACUGCGUCAGUAAUAUACAGGAGAAAGUACCAAUAGAGGUAAGAGUCGGCAGCGAAGAUCUCAAGAGCGUUGGAGACGAUGCGCAACGCAUUCGCAUAAGCAAUGUGAUAACUCAUCCGCAGUACAAGCGCAGCGUCAAUUACAACGACGUAGCUAUUCUAAAAUUAAGUACGCCCGUACGCAUAGGGAGUAACGUAAGGCCGAUUUGUAUCCAAACGAAAUCUUUAGACUCGAUGAAUGUACAAUCGAACGUAACGUUUGUCGUGAUUGGCUGGGGCGCUACCAGUUUCGACGAAGACGGCAGUACCAAAUUGAUGAAGACACCGGCUCUCAGUCUCGUAGACAGGGAAUCGUGUGCGAAAUCGUACAACGGUUUUAGCAAGUUACCCCGCGGCUUGGAUGAGAAUAUGCUGUGCGUAUUGGAUAGGAACGUUACGAGAAGGUCGGACGCUUGUCACGGAGACAGCGGCGGGCCCUUAUUGAUGUUCACCGGAUCUAGUCACAGCAUUGUGGGAAUCACAGCUUUCGGCCAAACUUGCGGGAGCUCUACACCGGGGGUUUACACAGCGGUAUAUUCCUACCUGGAGUGGAUCGAGAAGGAAGUCUGGUCGGAAAUGUUCAACGAACGAUAGAUGGAUAGAUUACUUUUUGCCCUUAUUCAGACUUGGCAUGAUCAACGUGAUAUCUGCAAUUGAAUACUUUUCAAUACUAAAGCGAUUUAAUUCUCAUUUUAUUACGAUAAUCUAGUCUGAAGCUAUUCGUGUACUCUCAGUCUACGCAGCAUUUAUUAUUAUUAUUAUUUUUUUUUUUCAAUUCCUACCGCGCUUUUGCGAAUUUUAUACUUUUAUAUACGUAUGAUCUACGCUCUCUGCUCUAGCGAAUUAUAUAUAUACUAUACAUAUACCUAAGUCGCGCGUCAUUCUGUAUGUAUACGCGAUGCUUCAAUAAAACGUGAAUAUUCA